AUGAGCACGGCACUUUCUCGCAAUGAUAAUACUCGAUCUGUCUCUAGGGGUUCCUGCCCGCGUCCGACACCUCGCCGUCCGAGGCAGCCGACCCGGAAACAGUCUUUUGGCGCGUCCACGAGGAAAAAAUGGCUCUCCUGUGAAUCUAAGAUCCCGUCUUCGAACACUGGCCCUGGCGAGAACGUUCAGUCUCAACCCGAGAGUGAUACGACUGCACCUGGACCACCAACAAAUGCGGAAAAUAGAACGAAGACUAGAGCAGCACGGAAAGUUGACGAGGGUGCAAAACUAAAUAGCGAAGCAGAUCGCAACUUGAAACUUGUCGACGAAUUUUGGGACAAAUACGCAGAAGAGAAGCUGUCUUCGCCCCCCUACGUCUCGUCUCGACGCCGGCUGGAUAGAUCCCGAGCUCUUGUUAGACAUGUGGUACACAAAGUACGGCCAGGUCGCAAGAUGCAGCGCAACAUCGAUCUCGUGUCUCAAGGCAAGACACUAAACUCUCAUACCUUAAAUUCAAAACUUUACCCCUUAUAUCGGAAAGCAGUGUUACUUCUCGAGACAGUUGAACACCGUUCUAGGGGCCGCACAGGCUUUCCCAAGUCGAACCUCUACACGGUCAGUUACGUUAAUAAUCCGGCCCUGCAAAGGAGGGAAAUCUAUGUUCCUGACGAGACGAUCGCUUUCCUUGCUGGCGUGUCGAUAAAAUUCUCGCAAUCGGAAAAUGUCUGGUUCAUGGGGCUGCACGGUGAUUGCCGGGUGCAUGUCUUGCCAACCAGCGAGAGCUUGGGUGUGAAUCGAAAGGUUGUCCUCAUCGGCUUUCCUCGGGCCGUAACGUCGGCCAUGAAGAGCAUAAUGACGGUCAAAGAACGACAGGAGAAGGGAGAUCCGCUAGUUGAUAUUCAAAAACCACCGGUACCUAUUUUCCCUUCUCGUCUUUCUUUGGCGAAAGAGGGGCCAACCGAGGGUUCUUGGUCUUUGACUAAAAUCAGGGGGGUUUGGGCUCAUGACCCACGGCCAUCGGUGGCUCUAGAUGCCCUGAUCGAUAGUCCGCACAAGAUCUCUACUGUGAGGCAGUUUAUGGAACAUGUGGAACAGCUGACGAGGUCUGAACCAACACCUGGACAUUCCACGCCUCACAGAACCAGGGUAGCUGGUGCCUUGCGUUAUUUGUUCCUUGACCGAAACAUGCAACACUUGAUAUCCACAACCGCAGUCAAUGUGGCCAUUUCCUAUCUGCUUAAGCAGAAAUAUCGGGAUAUCGUUCGGGCUUUGUUCAAUCGUGUAGGCCAUGUUGCGACCAUCGAGACUUUCAACAUACUCUUGAAGUCCGUGGCAAAGACUCAAAACAUUGAAUCGUUUUGCUCCAUCCUAGCCGUCAUGGCUCGGCUACGCGUUGCUCCUGAUAUUCGUACUUGGCUGGCACUUCUAGACUCCCUCAUUUUGCCGACGCAGAAAGCAUAUCUUGUCAAGUUGAUGGAGCGAAGGGGCUACCUGAAGGACCCUUAUAUUCUCCGAAGCGUGCUGCAGUUCAUGGUCAAGGAUCUCUUCAAGGAACACCUCCGUGCCGGCGGGAGCGUGAACGAUUUCUUCCAGCGGACUGUAAUGGUCUCUGGAUCGAAUUGGUUUCCGCCAUCGCUGACCAAGCAAAUGUUCGCUGUUACGGCCAACCUAGGGAACGUACGUGCUAUGCGAAAGCUUCUAAAGCUGUGUAAGGGGAGUCAAGUGCCAUUGGAUAGCACAGUGGCAUACGAGAUCAUCAAUCUCUUCCCCAACGACACCUACAGCGCCGUGUACUACGUGCUCCAAUGCCUCGACUCCUCUAGUCCCGAUCUUGACAGCUUAACCUACGAACGCCUCUUCGUGAAUGCCUUUCACAACAAACACUACAACAUAUGCCGCGUCCUCUGGCGUUACGCCUGCAUGAACGAAUCAACAACAAAGCCUAUGCGAGACACCAUGACCUUCCUCCUUAUGCAAAAUAAAGCAACCGAAUCCAUGUCCGAACAAGAAAAGCUGUGGUGGACUUCCGCCGGCAAAGUCAUUGCAGGCGUGUGUCUGCACCGCCCAGAGUACCCGCUCAAGCAAGAUCUCCUCAAAUCCAUCCCCUCCGAGUUCCACGACAGUCCGCUCUCGGCCUUUGUAAACCGGGCGACGCUCGAGGGAAAGGAGCGCGAGGAUCAGCGUCGGGCAGCCAGGGCGAUCAUCAAACAUGAUUAUGAGGUCGGGCCGUGGUUUCGUCCGAUACUCUCGAUAGGGCCUAUGUUGGAGGCUGCUCUCCAGCUUGAUACGGAUUGGGGGAGUGUUCCCCGUCCGACCAAUUGGCUGAUACAGAAUGCUAUAUAUAUUCGUUUUAGCUUGAGCUUAUCGAGAAGGAAGAAGCAUCAGAAAUAG